UUUCAAAAAUUUAAAUAUUCAACGGAAUCGUUAAUAAAGAUUAAAUAUCGGAAAAAUUCAGCAUGGAAUUUAUAAAAAAAAUUUAAAAUUAAAAAGAAAUGAAAUCAGAGAACCACGUUUUUAUAACAAUUUUAAAAUAGCGAUAAUCUUAUUUUUUUGCUAUAAAAAAAGAUCACCAUUUUUUAUUGAUUUGAAAGAAAUAUCGGUUUGUGAAUACAAAUAAUUAUUUAAUUUACCUUCUUUAAAAAAUACUAAAUUGUAUAUAAGUGAAAAGUUGAUAAAUAUCGUAAAAACAAAAUUAAAUAUUGGUAUAUUUAAAAGCAAACAAACCUUAUUAAUUGAUAGAUUACAAACAAUUAUUACAUCAGUCCUAAAUAUGAAUGAUUUUUCCCAUAACAAAGACAUAUCCGUAUAUUCGAUAUCCCAUGGCUGUAAAUAGAAGGGACAAAGCUGAUGAACCUUUCUAAAAUAUCAUAUUUCGGUAAUAAUCGCUUGAAUGGUCAUAAUAAAAAUUUUAACAAUCGCCAUCAUAGUUCAAUCGAUGAUAUCAAAAAAUUUUGGUCUCAAACCCUAAACAAACGAACAUCCUUCAGGAAAAAUAAUAUAUAUUCUUCAUUUUCAUUACCCUACGCUAAAACGAAGAUUAUUAAGAAUUUGAUCAAUAAAUCCUAUCCUCUUUCUCCCCCAUCCUCCGAUCACUCCCCAUUCACGUAUCAAGAUAGCAAUAGUAGCGAUCUGGAAGGGGUUGGAGGCUGUUCAGACGACGACUCGCUUUGCCUAUUAACUAAGCAUCCUAAAUAUACCGAUAACCCUCGAUCCUUGAAACGAAUUCGAUUCAUGGGUAAAACAGAGAAGAAGUCAACCAGUAUGUCUCCACAUCAGAUUAUUUCCAACGACUCUAUGAAACCAAUCAAAAUACUCGAUUCCCACAUUAAUUCGAAUUUAAAUAUUAAAACUAAUGGUCUAUUAAAGAAGCCCGCGAUUCUGAACAGUCCCCCUUAUCCGGUAGAAAAUGGAAUCAUUCGCGAUUUUAAAUCCUCUGAACUAUUAAUUAAUUGUCAAGUUAAUGGGUAUCAGGAUGAAUGUUUAAAACUUCAAAUAAUUCCGGAUGAAAUUGCGUUUUCCCCUAAAAGCGAUUUAGAUCCAACAUUCUUAAACAAUCAUCAAACUACCGACGAUAUGUUACUUUUUACAGAUGUUAUGAUGAAUAACGAUCCAUCAUCUAUUUUAUUAUUUGAGGAUUCUCAAAAAAAACCCGAUACCUUAAAUAUCAUUCACCCUAAAUUAGAUUCAAAUCACAUAGAUGAAAAAUGUGUGAAACAUUUAAACCAUAUAUCAGAUAGAUCACAAAAUUAUGUACAAUCUUUAAAUUCAUCACUAAUUCAGGAAUAUCAGGACACCUUCAAAAGAAGUGAAUUAAUCGAUAAGCAACUUUUAUUAGAAAAAAGGCAUAAAAAUAUACUGAUAAGGAUUAAAAAAUUGCAAACACAUUGUGUCUUAAAACAUGCUAAAAAUGAAAUCGAUCUUUAUAAUAAGAAGAACAAAUCAAAUUUAAUUCAUAGUGAAUUGAAUUCAAGUACACAACAAAAUAAGUGCCGUGAAUUGAUAUCCCAAAUUCGAUAUUAUUGUGAUCAGGAUAGUGAUAAGACUGAUGUAAGUUCAGAUGAGGAAUCAUUUGAAGAUCUUUACUCUGUUAAUUAUCUUAAACCCUCAAACAAAACAGCCUCAUCAACAUUUCAAAAUUUAAAAUAUGAUGAAACAAUAUGGAAAUGGGAACAAACUAGAGCGGCAAUUGCCAAACAAUGGGUCUGGUUGCAACAUAAAAUUCAGACUUUAGAAACUAAAAUUAAUCAUCAAAAAGAUAUUCAUUUUCACUUUCGAGCUAUCAAGGGAAACUUUAAAUUUACAAAUCAAACCUUUAAUAAUCCUUUAUUACAUGACACAUGUGCCCGGUCUAGGCCAUUGUGUAAUCCUUAUUUACGUCGUAAAUUAUAUGCCAAUUCAUUAAUAUCAAAUGCUGAAACAAUUGGAAUGAUCCCAUCUUAUAAUUCUUUACUACCACCCCAAAUACAGAGCCAACAUACUCAUUCAAUAUUAAAAAGCUAUCCAUGGUUCAAUUCAAAUUUAUCCAAUUCACGUGUGCCUUUACCCCUUUUAUACAAUAUUGCCAUCAGAACUAAACCAUUUGUUCAAGAAAUAGAAAAAUUUAACAAGCCAUCUCCCAUAAUCCUCAGUAAGUCCUGCAAUGUCAACUCAAAAUCCACAAUAUCUACCACAAGCUCAAAUUCCCACAAGCAAGCCUCAAGUAUUCUUAGAAGGAAGAAAAUUCAUUCAUCAAAACUUGCCUAUAAAAACCAAUCUUCAUUCAACAAAUCCUUUGCCAGUGGCAACAAUAAGCAGCACAGAAUUACCCACCCCUAUUAUGAUAUUGACGACAUGGAUAUAUCAUUCAAUACUUCUAAUUUAAAUAGCCUUAUUAUCCCACAAUUCAAGAAAAUAUUAACCCCCAAGUGGAAAACUAUGCCAACUCAAGAGUUUGAAUCAACCAGCGAUCAAAACAUUCUCAAGCAAGAUUUUUUGAACGAAACGCUCGUCAAAGAAACCCACACAAAAUACCAACUCAAAGAAAAAUAUGACAGAACUCAUAUCUCUAAAAAACGUUCGUCCUCUACCACCUCUCUCAGUUCGACCACAUACAACCACAAAACUUGUAAAAUAAUUAAGACCGAAGGAUCUGAACACGAUUCUUUACCAUCUUUUGAUAUCAACGAAAAUGGAUCAUCCAAUUUUGAAUCGACCAUUCUGCCAGGAGAAAACACUGAUUCGAAGAAUAAUAUAGAUGCCUCAGAGGAUUGCAAACCUGACAACGGCAACGAUACUCCCAAUCAUAUCAUCACUAGUUUAGCGGGUAACAAUCCCCUUAUCUUCAAAAGUGGCACUACGGUCCUUAACUUCGAGCACUUUAAAAGCCAAUUUAAAUCUUUGCCCCAUAACGCCGCUAACAAUAAAAAUAAUCACCAGAACCACGUCAGUAUCCUAAAUGGGUUUAACCACUGCGCGAACAAUCCUUCUACCCCCACUCCUAAUCCUAAAGACAAAAUUGAGGAGGAAUCUUCAAAUAUUGCCAAAAAUAUUAUCCUCUGCCCGCCUCCUUCGAAUCAUACCGCCCCGGCGAUGAAUAAAUCCGAUUUGUUUAUUACGUUGGACAAAAACGACACGAUUGACAAUCUCGUGGCUAAAGAUGAUAAAGUUUCCAAUUUUGGUUUCACUCGAAGGACAUUCCCCUUAAGCGAUAAUGAGUAUCUCAAUUUACUCGAUGAAUGCCGUUUACAAUUAUCAUUGGAUGAUAAAAACGAAUUUGAUUUUUUUUAAAAAAAUACGUUUUUUAAUUUUUUCUACCUAUCCUUGUUAACCAAAUACCCUUUAAUAACUAUAUCUCUUUAUAUAAAUAACCCUAUUAAUUUUUUUUAGGUUAGAUAAUAAAUAUUUGAUUGCCAAUAAAGUACCAUUAAUAUUUUUCUUACGUUGAGUUUAGAUUUUGUAUAUUUCCUUCCUAAAAAGACAUAAUUAUAAUUAUUAUAUAUAAAAAAAAUUAAUAAAAUUAGGGACACAC